GCCAGUGUCAUUACUUAUCACCCGCACUACAUAUACAUUGCAACCAACUCAAAUCAUCUGCAGGUGAAUCAAUACAGUCCCUCCUGCAUCCACUACAUCCAUCCAUACAUCCCAGAACUGGAACCAACCCCAGUCAAAUCAACUCGCCACUGAUGAUCAGCGGGGCCUCAAAUGAUCUUAAAAUAGCUCUCCCCUCUGGAUGCACCUGCAUAUAAAUAUCUUGCUCCCCCCUUCCCCUCAAUAUUCAUACUAUUCCUACUUAACCAACAAUUCUACCCAUUAUCUUACACACCCACUCCCAAUAAACCCACCAAAAUGAAACUCUUCUCCCUCACCACCACUCUCACCUCCCUCAUCGCAACCGUCUCCGCCUCCUUACCAUCUACAUACACCCUCGUCGCAGACGGAGGCUGGACUGUCGUUACUGAUGGAACACACUUAUACAUCGGAACCGGCGACAUCAAACACUACCCUAUUCUCAUCCUAAAAGGCGGCUCCAACAACACCAUGAUCACCGGCCACAAGCAAUACGACACUACUACAGGCAUCCAACACCUCUACGUCAAAAAGGACGAAACAGCACCAAUUGCCCUGACGGAACCGAAUGGCGCUGCUCCCGCCCGGGCAAGCGUGACUGGGUUCGAUGUGGACGAGGGGAAUUAUCUGCUUCUUGAUGGGGUGGAAGCGUGGGAUGUGGAGCCGAAUGAGGGGCAGAUAAGGAGGAUUUAUUGGCUUGGUGGGGAGGAGGAUAAUGUUGGUGAUGAGUAUAAGGGGAUUGGGUUGUGGGUUAAGGAGUGUAGGGGGUGUUAAAGAGUAUUGAUCUGGUGUGGGAUGGAUGGUAAUGUAUGUAUGUAUGUAGUUUAAAACUGGAAUUAGACCCCCGUCAUGACUCGUGAACAUCGUUUAGUA